AUGAACAACCAACCAGUCACUUUCGCCGUCAUCGGCACAGGUCUCAUCGGUCCUCGUCACGCCGCUGCGAUCAUCAAGACACCAAAAGCAAGACUUGCUUGCAUCGUAGACCCAAAUCCUGCAGCUUCAGCAGUGGCAGCAGAACUCAAUGUUCCACUCUUUGACUCUGUUGCAGAGAUGUUGGCAUCCCCUCUCAAGCCGCAAGCAGCGAUAAUUUGCACGCCGAACCACACACACGUGUCCAUCUCAAAGACUCUUCUCGACGCUAAUGUCUCUGUUCUCUGUGAGAAACCAAUCGCCACUGACUUGGCCGCUGCAGCAGGACUUCUGAAUCACGUCAAGCAGAGUUCAGCAAAAUUUGCAGUAGGCCACCACAGAAGGUUCAACAGGUACUUUCGAGCCACCAAAGCCGCGAUGCCUUCUCUAGGUCGUGUGAUCGCAGUAUCAGGACUCUGGACACUCUACAAGCCACCACCUUACUUUGAAGGAGUAGGCGAAUGGAGGAAAGACGGUGCGAACGGUGGCGCCAUCCUCAUAAACCUGGUGCACGAUGUGGAUGUUUUGCAAUUCCUGCUUGGGCCGAUCGUCCGAGUGUCGGCUGAGGAAACGAUCAAGCAACGAGGGUUCCAUGCAGAGGAAGGUGCAGCCAUACUGUUGAAGUUUCAGAGCGGCUGUGUGGGAACAUUCAUCGUCUCAGAUGCUGUGCCCUCGCCUCAUAACUUUGAGUCUGGCACUGGCGAGAACCCCACGAUUCCUGCGACCGGCAUGGAUUUCUAUAGGAUCUUUGGAACGGAGGCGAGUCUAAGUGUGCCGGAUAUGAAGAGGUGGAGUUAUGAUGGCAGAGACAAGAGUUGGACACAAGAGCUGAAGGAAGAAUCUUUGAGUGUCGAGGGGAGCAAAAUUCCAUUUGAGUUGCAGGUUGAGCAGUUUGUCAACGUCGUCAGAGGUGAAGAGGAACCAAUGUGCUCGGGAGAAGAUGCCGUGAGAGCCUUGAUUGUGGUUGAGGCAGUCAAGAAAGCCAUGAAACAGGGAACAGCAAUUGACAUUCCUUGUUAG